UUGCUGAGUUCGGUCGUUCUACAUCAUACGUUCGUAGUUUGUGAGCAAGCAUUUGAACAAGGUAAUGAGUCGCCCGUGCCUCCACCGACACGGGAGUCCCAUGUUUCGGACUUAGUCACGGCGAUGGCUACUACGCGCUCUGACAAUAUUCUGCUGUUGCCGUCGGAUCGAUCAACAUGGCGUCUUCCGGGACCCCUAACCACGCGGACAUCUCUCGUCGCAACCCGCACGACGAAUACCAACUCAUUCAAAGGGUCGGCAGCGGGACGUUCGGGGAUGUCUUCAAAGCGAAGCGCAUCAGCACGGGGGAGAUGGCCGCAAUCAAGGUCAUCAAACUCGAAGCCGGCGACGACUUCAGCAUAAUACAACAAGAGAUUCUCAUGAUGCAGGGAUGUACCCAUCCAAAUAUCGUCAAAUACUUCGGCAGUUACCUUCGCCGCGACAAACUAUGGAUUUGCAUGGAGUAUUGCGGUGGCGGCUCCCUGCAGGACAUUUACCAUAUCACGGGUCCCUUGAGAGAGAACCAGAUCGCGUACGUGUGCCGCGAAACGCUCCGAGGCCUUUACUACCUGCACGAUCUGAACAUGAUGCAUCGCGAUGUGAAAGGCGCCAAUAUUUUGCUUACGGACGAGGGGGGCGUGAAAUUGGCCGACUUCGGCGUUUCGGCAAAAAUCACGACGACAAUCGCGAAAAGGAAAUCCUUCAUCGGUACCCCGUACUGGAUGGCACCCGAGGUCGCUGCCGUCGAACGGAAAGGCGGCUACAAUCAACAAUGUGAUAUUUGGGCCGUGGGCAUCACGGCUAUCGAACUCGCGGAACUCGAGCCACCGAUGUUCGACCUGCAUCCGAUGCGCGCACUGUUCCUCAUGUCGAAGUCGAGCUUCAAAGCGCCGACUCUAAAGGACAAGGAGAAGUGGUCUCUCGACUUCCACAGUUUCGUGAAACUCGCGUUGACGAAGAACCCGAAAAAACGGCCGACGGCCGAUAAGAUGUUGCUGCAUCCGUUCCUGAUCGGCGAGCUGAGCAAAGAAGUCAUCACAAACCUAAUCGAAAGGGUCAAAAAUCCCACGGCUGCCGAAUAUCAGCACGACGAAGAGGAGGACGAGCUGGUGAACAACGUCCCGCAGAAAAUUGUGGAUUCUCGGGGCAGAGAGGACCGGAGGCCAUCCGUGCAGCCGUCGCCACGAGAUAAGGCGAAGAGACUCGACGAGGAGGUUCAGAUCAGAGAUCUGGAAAAGAGUUUACUCGAAGUCGUCGAAGAGGAACUCCAACAGAGGGCCACCCUCCCAAUGGGAGAAUCGCUAAUGGGCAACUCGCAGUGGGCACAUCACAAAGAGGCUCUCCCCCCGCCCGUACCGGCGACGUCCCCGCCCCGGAGCGACGAAGAAACUCCGUCUCCCGAAGGUCCCGAGCCUCCGCCGAGAUUACGGCGGAAGAAACAGGACGAUCGGAAAGACGGUCAACAACAAGAAACGGCGUGCAGGAUCAGUACUAAUGGACUUCCGCCCACGCCCAAGGUGCACAUGGGUGCCGGUCUCUCGAAAAUCUUCAACGAAUGCCCACUGAAAGUGAACUCGGCCGCCAGUUGGAUCCACCCCGAUACCCGAGAUCAACAUAUUAUUCUAGGCUGCGAGGAAGGAAUUUACACUCUGAAUUUGAAGGAGGUUGGAGACGCCUGUCUGGACCAGAUCUUCCCCCGGCGGACCACGUGGCUGUUCGUGAUAAGUGACGUACUCAUGUCGUUGUCGGGGAAGAACGCUCAGCUCUUCCGGCACGAUCUAAUCGCUUUACACAAUCGAAAGGGUCAGACCGCCUUCUCGUUGAACAGAAUUCCCGAGAAACUCGUUCCGCGACGCUACACGACCAGCGCCAAAGUGCAGGACACGAAAGGCUGCCUCAAGUGUUGCGUCGGUCGAAACCCCUACAAUGGCUUUAAAUAUCUCUGUGGAGUUCUCCAGCACGGCGGAGUUUUUCUCAUGCAAUGGUACAAUCCAAUGGCGAAAUUCAUGCACGUCAAACAGGUGGAGAUGAUGCUGCCGCCGCGAAUUCGAUUCUGUGAAAUGAUUGUCUCUUCGGAGGCCGAAUUUCCGAUCCUCUGUAUCGGGGCGCACGCCACAUCGAAUCAUAAGCACAUGAAGCUCGAGAUGAUCGACCUGAAUCUCGUCAACUCGACCGGCUCUCCAGACGACGAAGACGCGGAAACAAUGGUUCCGGCUAAAGGCAACGCGCUCAGCGCGCUCCAACUCGAACAAGACGAACUGUUGGUCUGCAUGGAUAGAGAGAUUAAGAUCGUGAACCUCGGCGGGCGCGUCAAAUCGACCUCGAUGCGGCCCGAUACCCUGGAGUUCGAUUUCAACAUCGAACAAAUCGUCUGCCUGUCUGACUCCGUACUCGCUUUCCACAAAAACGGAAUGCAAGGCAAGAGUCUUCUAACAGGGGACCUGGUCCAGGAGAUCUGCGAUCCAACGAGAAUACUCCGGGUCCUCACGGCGGACAACAGCAAGUACAUCGGUUUCACAGCCGCGGAUCCGGGCUGCGAGAUCGGAGAACGCGUCAUCGUUGUCGAGAGUCGUGGCGUGGACAAGCCGACCGGACCGUCGAAUCUAUUCAUUCUCGCGGGACACGAAAGUAGUUUCUGAUUGGUUUCGCUGGAUUCAAUGCCCAAGAGACACGCGGAACGUUGGGU